AUGGGAACUGUUAUCGACGACAGCUCCCAAUUCCACGAGGUGAAUGAGUCCUUCGUGAGAUACCGCAAGGAGGAGACCGCCUUCACCUCCAAGUCACAAAUCUUCUACAACAAGGGCAACGAGCACAGCUGCAUCAACUGCUUCUUCUUAAUGCGGCUGGAGCGGCACGCGAGCGGGGAGGAGGUGGUAAAGAUUUCCUGGUCCUACCCGUACACGCCGGCGACGUCUCUACUGAGGUACCCGAAUUUGGGCAAGUUUGCGAUGGCAAACGCCGGCACCUCGUACACGGUCGACCAGCUUAGCUACACAUUUGUGCUGACGGAUAUCAAAGGCGUUCGCGAAUAUGGCCACACGACGGCUUUUGUGAAUGGUGAGGCGGUUGUGACCAUCUCUCCAUAUCCGUGGUGCAACUUCUUUUAUCGACUCGCCUAUCUUUUCGUCACAAACGGGCACGAGGGAGGACAGAAACUCGUGAAGGCUCUAUGCAAGUGCCCCACGCCGCCGUCGGGAGGCAUGUUCAACACCCCGCUCGACCUUGGUCUGACUUUUAAUCGCCCCUAUGAUCGCCUCUGCUCGUUCAUCGACACGGCGCCGCUCGAUAUGCUCUUCAUCUUUCCCAACAUGGACGAUCUCUUUUCCGUGUUGGCUGACUUGAUGUUGGAGAAGCACAUCAUCAUCGUGGGCCCAAACUUCUCCAUUGUGUCGAAUGUCGUCAUGUCGUUGCAGGCGCUAGUCGCCCCGUUUGACUGGAUGCACAUUCUUAUUCCAAUCCUUCCCACCUCGCUGCUUGACGUGCUGGCCGCGCCUCCGCCGUACUUGGUCGGUAUCCUUACGUCUCAGUUACCGCAAGUGGCGCGUGUACCACUCGACUCGGUAGUGGCGGUCCACCUCGGCCCCGGCGGCGUCUGCGAGCGCGUCGAUUACCAGAACGAGACCCGAGAUUGUCUGCCGCAUUCGGGCAAGCUCAGCGCGCUGCGGACAGGGCUGUCUAUACUGCGGAUGCGGCACCCAAAGGACCAGACGGUCCGCGACCUAUGUAGCUUGUUUCUCACUUACUACGCCUCUCUCUUUGGCGAGAUUGUGCUGAAGGGGAAGCGCGGGUACGAGCGCGACAAGAGGGUGCUCGGGAGCAAGAGCGUUUUCUUUGAGAAGCUGCUUUGCACACAAAGCUUCACAGUCCUGAGCGAGGAGGUGAAAAGGGCGCUCGAAUCCCCCAACUCUAAUGACUGGAUGGACAACGAGUUCAUCGUUGCCGCGGUGCGCGGGCAGCGGGACAUGUUCCCGACGCAUUACGAGGCACUUGUUCACGAGGAGAAGAACGGUGGCGGGUUUAUUGAGAAAUACGAGGACUGUUUCGGUAGUAAGGAGAGCUUCAACAGCUUCACAGCCGCCGUGCACGGCUUUGGUGGCCAUCCGCUGGGCGUUGGACGCCUCUUCAUUAGGUGCUUGUGCUCCCGCUGGUGCGGCUCCGACAUCUCGGAAGAGAACGAUGACAGCUACUACCCGGGUCGCCGCAUGGGGCAGGCAAUUCUGCAGCACCGCUACUAUUCCUCCUCAGGCGAGGCCCCUGUAAUCACGAACGAGAUGAUGAUUGAGAUGCCGUCGACGCAUGCGCCAGCGCCGGAGGGCGCACGCGAGUUCGAGGUCUCUGUUCAUGCCAUGACGUCAUCGUCCACCUAG